GAAACACAAGGAAUCUUAUCCGAUAUUUGACAAUGUUUGGCCUGAGGAUACACAGGUAACCAUUUAUACGUCACAGAUUCGGACGGAAAGAACGCGGAAGCAACAGCAAAGCGUGUUAUCGAUAUCCAGACCAUGAAUUAUGUGGGUCAGCUGGCGGGCCAGGUGUUUGUGCAGGUCAAGGAGCUGUACAGAGGCCUCAACCCCGCCACGCUGUCCGGCUGUAUCGAUGUGAUCGUAGUGCGGCAGCCCGAUGGCUCCCUGCAGUGCUCCCCCUUUCACGUGCGCUUCGGCAAGAUGGGCGUCCUGCGCUCGCGGGAGAAAUUGGUGGACAUUGAGAUCAACGGAGAACCAGUGAGUUUGCACAUGAAACUUGGGGAGAAUGGAGAGGCCUUCUUUGUUAAAGAAGCUGAGAGCACAUUGGAAGUCGUUCCGGCCUACCUGGCGACGUCACCCAUCCUGUCGACCGGAGCGGAGUUAAUGGAAUCCCAGCUGAGCAGGAAUAGUGCGCGUCACCACGACAUGCUGUGCGGAUCACUUCCUGUCCAGAUCAUUGGGCUGCAGCAGGGUGACGGAGGGAUGAGUAAGAAAAGGAGGAAGAGGAGAAGAAAGGCUCGGCCAGACGAAGGGGGAGGAAGAAAGGACGGAAGCGGGGAGGAGUUUUCAGAUGAUGACAACAUGUUUACUAUUGACCUGAGUUCUGAUGAGGAGAGAGAAGGAGACGCUGGCAGGACACUCUACGGUGAUCAAGGGUCUGCAGCCAACACACACACCAGUGCAGACUGGAACCGCCCAAAGAGUCACAUGGUUAAGGACACUCUCUCCAUCCCUCUGUCCUGCGGACUGUCCAUCUCUUGUCCACAGCAGACCUCUCACCUCUCCUCCCACCUUAGCGACGCAGACGACUCUCAGUCUUCAACGCCCAAGAGCGACUCUGAGCUCGCCAGCCGAGCUAAAGAUAACCCUGAGAUGCAGUGGACCUGGGGGGAACUGCCACAAGCUGCACAGCCGUCCUUCCUGACGUCCCAUCAGAGGCAGGAAAGUGCAGCGUCAGUCACUAUCCCAGUGUCCUCCAGCACUCACUUCAGGACCAUCAGCGACACCAGACCCCCCUCGAAAAACCUCUAUACAACCCAGCAAGGGGAGAGGCAUGCUGACAAGCAUCCUGAUGAUGGAAGCAUAGUGGAGAGUGUGAGUGGCUCAUGUGCAGAGAUGGAGGGUUUAACAACAUCCCCAAGCAUCCUUCCUGAUCAUUUAGAGGAAGGCAAGAAUAGAGAAAGUCCUGUCAGGACCACAGAUUCACCUUCCAAGAGGAAAGGUAUACUUUUUUUAAAAAGCAGUGCAACUUUGAGAUGUGGGGACGCAAACUCAUUGUUUAUAGUGUUACUAGAGAAAAGAAGCCAGCAUCUUGGCGCUGAUGGAGUCUACCUGGAUGAUAUCACCGAACUAGAGCCUGAAGUAGCUGCUCUCUACUUCCCUAAAAGUGAUGGAGGCGGUAGCUCAAUGAAGGUGGACUCAGAGAUGAUGAUGAUGGGCGUGAGGAGUGCUAAUCAGUCACCACAGUCAGUGAGCAGCAACGGGAUGGACAGUGGUCUGGACAGUCUGUUGGACCACAUGGGGGACCUCCCCCAUGUGGCCAUCUCGCUGUGCGGCGGCCUCAGCGAAAACAAGGAGAUCACUGGAGAACAGUUCCAGGAGAGGGCAGUGACCUACCAGCAGUUCUCCGAAAACCCUUCCAUUAUUGACGAUCCCAACCUGGUGGUGAAGAUUGGCAACAAGUACUACAAUUGGAGCACAGCAGCUCCUGUCAUGUUGGCCAUGCAGGUCUACCAGAAACCAUUGCCACAGUUUUGGUGUUUGAGUUAUUUAUUUUCGGCUUUCGGCCUCUUCUCAUACUGCCUCCCCGGUCUCUUUGGCUCUACAACAUCUGAGCAUGCCUCUGUGGAGAACAUCAUGAAGGACAAGAUGCCCAAGAAAGGCGGACGCUGGUGGUUCUCCUGGAGGAGCAGGAACAGUGACUCCAAAUCGGAGUCAGCGACUGAAACAGCGGGAGAAAUCACCAUGGCGACAGCAAGCAGGAUGAAACACGAGUCGUCUUCUAGUGAUGAGGACCAUGUGUCUGUUACCUGCCAGUCCCAGUCUCUUGUUGGUUCUGCUAACAUUUGUUACAAGAAGACUCUUAGACUGACCUCCGAGCAGCUGGCGAGCUUGCAACUGAAAGAGGGUCCAAACGAGGUGGUGUUCAGCGUAACAACUCAGUAUCAAGGCACGUGUCGCUGCAACGGCACCAUCUAUCUGUGGAACUGGGACGACAAGCUGGUCAUCUCGGACAUCGAUGGAACCAUCACUAGGUCGGACACACUGGGCCACAUCCUUCCCACUCUGGGGAAAGACUGGACCCACCAGGGCAUCGCAAGCCUCUACCACAAAGUCAGCCAAAAUGGGUAUAAGUUCAUGUACUGCUCGGCGAGGGCCAUCGGUAUGGCUGACAUGACCAGAGGCUACCUACACUGGGUCAAUGAGAGAGGAACCAUGCUUCCUAUGGGUCCGGUGCUGCUCAGUCCCAGCAGCCUUUUCUCUGCCUUGCACAGGGAGGUGAUUGAGAAGAAACCAGAGAAGUUUAAGAUUGAGUGUCUGACGGACAUCAAGCACCUUUUCUACCCAAAUACGGAACCUUUCUACGCUGCAUUUGGCAACAGAGCCACGGACGUGUAUUCCUACAAGGAGGUGGGUGUUCCUCUCCACAGGAUCUUCACUGUCAACCCAAAGGGGGAGCUGACCCAGGAGCAUGCUAAAACCAACAUCUCCUCUUUUGGCCGUCUACGCGAGAUGGUGGACCACGUCUUUCCCGUCCUCCUCCAGAAAGAAGGAGCCGACUUUAACCGUUCGGAUGCUUUUGACCAAUGUGAUUAUUGGAGCAAGCAGCAUCUUGAUGGCAGCAUACAAGAGGAAGAGAAUGACUCUCAGCUUCUUGUUGAAUGAGACAAGGUGGUGAAGUAAAGACUAGUGAACCUGAAUGUUAUUUAACACGGUGCCAUUCUUAAACAGCCGCAGGAAACUCACAACACACUUCUGUCAACUAGGAAGACAUCAGAAGAACUGCAGGAUUACCUCAGUAGACGCACAACGUAGACACAUAGUGUUUAACAAAGCAAGCACAGACUUCUGCAAUAUUCUGUGUUCUUAAUGCACACACACUCUCUCACACACACACAAAGCUCAGCGAUCCUCCGAACUCAAUGGAUGACUUUCAGCAAUAUUCACUUCAUGACACCUUCAUUACCUCCAUGUUGCCCACAAACUAGCUAACACACAAACACACACACGUGUAUAUAUACAGUAUGUAUGAAGUCGAGGUUUCUGUGGUUUAUCCGUUAUACAGUGCUCGAUACCGGGGUAGAGCGGAAUAUACGUUAGGUCAGGAAAAAUAUAGAGGCUAUAUCGUCCUUACAAGCCUGUUUCACAGGUUUCC